GGGUAUGGCAACAUUGCACCCAGGACAUCCCUCGGCAAGGCAGUCACCAUGGGCUACGCCAUGGUGGGCAUCCCAUUGACAUUGCUCUAUCUCUCUAGCGUCGGCUCCAUCCUGAGCCGAGUGGCCAGAGGAGUCUUCUCAAGGGCUCUUUGCUGCUGUCUGUGCUCAAACUGCGGGUAUUGCUGCUACGAUGAGAAGCGGAUGGCUGAAAAGGAGAAGAGGAUGAAGAAAAAAAGACAACAGAUGGAGUUGCAACAACAACUGGGCCUACAAGAACCAUUCUACGUCCGCUCAAACUCCUCGUACUCCAAUAGUCUACACUCUCCCUGUCGAGACGGCGUAACCUCAAAGGAAAUGGACAGCUUGAGCGGAACGGACAACGACUCUAAAACAUCCAUGCAUGGUUGGUCCAUACUAGCGCCGAUACUCCUCUGUCUGUGCACUAUGUUCAUCUAUAUUUGUUUUGGGACGUUCGUGCUUUACAAAAUGGAAGGAUGGCCCCUUUUGGACGGAUUCUACUUUUGCUUCAUGAGCCUGACCACAAUCGGGUUCGGCGACAUGACUCCUGGCGCUGCCGCUCUGCUACCCCAGCAGCAAGUAGUGGCCACUGGGACAGGCGGUGAUGCUGGGACCGUCUGGUUUGUCGCCAUCUACAUCAUGUCUGGGAUGGCGCUCACCGCGAUGUUAAAGCACCAAGCGAAAUCAAUGCCGAAACUCUCAUCUGGCAGUUUCCCCGACGAGCUGAGCAUGGGCGAUCCGUUCGGCAUGCCCUCAUGACAUUUCAAUGCUCAAGCGCAGAAGCAGCCGGGCGUUGGCGGAAGCGCCAGCGGGGCCCUCUACAGGCGGAAUUUGACGGAGGAAACGCUGUUGAGUACGACGGGAACGCCCACUUCCACGGUGGACGUGCCGGCGGUUAUGGGGGCUGCUAUGGGUGCCACGCAUGAGAUCGUGGUGGCCAAGAUGCCUGAGGUGCUAGAAGGCCCUGUGAUGACUGGUGUUUACACGCUCCCCGAAGAACCAGAAAACGAAGAAAGUGCAGAAGACAUUUAAUCUAAAACAAAUAUCGAUACCUUGUUCAUCGUCUUCUGAGUUUUAGUGAUAGUAAAACACUGAGAGAAUGUAUGAUAGUGUACAAUGUAUAUCAAUUAAAAUGUUGAAAUGUGAACAGCAACAUACUUUUUCAUAUCUCACGGACAUGGCUCAGACGGAUUUUAGAAAUGUGUUGCAGACGACCUUAACAAUUUAAGGCAUGGAUACAUAAAAAAAGGUUGUAACGUUUUGUUCUUGGACCAGAGUAGGUACUAAGCUGAUCUUUACAUAUAGUGAAAAAUCAUUUUUAUUUUCUAAUCUAAUCCCAAAACGUACUCUACUGCGAAAUUAUAGUCAAAUAAAUUUACUUCAAUAUCUUUCGUUCUUUUCUGACGCACAUUUACUAAAAUUACGUUUACAUUUCUAUUUCUCAGCAUAACUUAUACAAAAUGUUGAAACUGUAGGUACUUUUUCUUACAUUAGUUUUUUAUUAUUCUUAACUUACAUAAAUCUCGAAUACUGAAACAAUCACGACAGACGUCUGACCAUACGUGACUCGUCAAAUAAUUCUUUAUUUACACGUUAUUUGUAUGGCUGUGUUAUUAAAACCAAAUCAUUCGCAAGGAAAACACAUUUCUGGAUAAGUUUUAAAAAAUUACUCAUAGCAAUCGUGUUACAUACCUACGUACCAUUACUUAGCACAACUACAGAUUGUAAAAAUCGUGAAACGUUCAAUGGUUUCGAUAUUGUACAAUUUAGAUAAGUAUGUGUGAUUUUAAGACUAAAAACUUAUUUCUUUUGUGUAAACUGUGAACGAAGAUUGUAUAUACCUAAAACAAGAAUAUUCAGCCCGAGUAGAGUUUAUGUGGACUUGUGGACAUAAUAAAAAGUAUAUUGACCAAAAAAGUUGGAUAAAAACAACCUGAAAAUAGCCGAAAUGAUAUUUUAAAGAUACUAGUGCCAUCUAUGAGAGAGUAGCAAAACACGAAAAUGAAUUUAGAAAUCGACUUUGACAUAGUGAGAACGCUUGGGUUCUGCUACUAUCUUAUAUAUGACGCUAGGAUCUUCAGUCCCUUUUUGGCGCCUCUCUAAUUCCUAUUUCAUUUGGGUAUCUUCAGGCGGUGAUUAAGGUGCUCCACCAAGAUAUCCCAUUAAAAUAGGUAUCAGAAAGGCCCAAAAAAAAGGGUUCAUGAUUCAGAGCCAUGAAGAGACGGUAGCAGAACAAAACUCUUUUAAAAGAAGAUUUCUAAAUUCACGUUUAUGUUCUGACACUGUUAUAAAUGGCGUUAGUAGUUAAUCAAUCAUAAAAAUCAUCCAACGGUUUUUGCACAUACAUAAUUUCUGAUUAAUACAUCUCCAGUGUGAUUAUUUGAUAUACUUUUAUCCUCAUUCGCAUAGCCAAAACGGAUUCAAUAUUUACAUAGAUUUAAGCAAAAAAGCUGGCGUGACCUACCUUUUGUAUCUGAACACUGGUAAACCUUGUUUCGAAGACUUCAUGUAAAUCAUUUUGUAAAGCACUUGAACAGCGAUGAUACUUGAGUAGUUGUACUACUAUAGAAAGUUUGUAAAGGUACUGUUAAUUGUGUACAUUGAGAGACUGCU